AUGGCCGGCUGGGAGAGGGAGAGGGCCUCGAUCGGCAUGCCAUUGCAAAAGUCAUCGUCCUCGGCGGGUGUGAUGGGGGACGGAGGGGACAGUGGGGGGAUGGUUGAGAAGGUCGGAGGCAUCUGGCGGAGGAGAACUGUUUUUCUUUCGAAUCGGCGCGAGUCGCUCGUGGGCCACGGCUCACCGAAUGCCUGGGGUGGAGAAUUGGACUCGGGUUUCCACGGGUCUGGGAAGUACCGCUUGAGUGUACCGAAGGAGCGGUAGAGAUAAACUUCUUGUUCUGAAAGGAGGUGAGAGAGUCGGUCAAUCUAUCGACCGAAUUGCUGACGAUGUCCGUCUGAUCCGUUCUAUCCGCGGUAUUAUAAUCGCCCCGAACUCUUGAUCUGUAUGUGAAUGGUGGGGAUUUGGUGGAGGGGUACUUUGAUGUUGGUCCCUUGAAUACGACGUCCGUUCUUGCAGGUGUGUAAGAAGAGACAGGUGUGUAAGAAGAGACAGGUGCUGUGUAGACCAAGAACGGAAGAGAAAAGGUCAAGGUGGGAGAAAAGAAAAAUUCUUAGAGGGAGGAGGGCAUGGUUAUGACGGGGCAACGCAAAGCCUCAGUAGGUAUUUGUGAUCCUAUCAUUCCCGGGGCCCUAUUUUCCCUCCAAAAAUGGAGCCGUUUGAUGUCAAGGGACAACCUAACGAGUUCGUUCUUGGGUUGGACCCCGAGGGGAGGCAAAGUGUAGCGAUCUUCAGGGUUUGGUAUCCCUCCAAGAUCGGGAACUUACCCUGAUGGGCAAACGAACCAGGG